UGGGCACAGGUGGGUGGCACUGGUGGGCACAGGUGGGUGGCACUGGUGGGUGGGCACAGGUGGGUGGCACUGCUGGGCACAUGUAGGUGGCACUGCUGGGCACAGGUAGGUGGCACUGCAGAGUGGCACAGGUGGGGGCACUGCUGGGAACGGGUGGGCGGGGCUAGUGGGCGCACUGCUGGGCGGAACUUGCGGGUGUCACUGCUGGGCACCGAUCAUCAGGGCACUGAUCAUCAGUGCCCUGAUGAUCGGUGCCGAUCCCCGCUCUGACAACUGCCGGUUCUCGGCAGUACUUUCCUCACGAUCUGACAGCGUGAGGAAAGUGCAGCCGAGAACCGGCACUUGCAU